GAGUCGGGUUUGAGCUGAGUAGGCCGCCGUCCGUCUGAGCUCUGCAGACUCUGUGUACACGUAUUACAGGCUGCAUGGGUGGACCGCAGAGCGAUGGGACCAGCUAGCUAACCAACGCUCACUAGCUCUCAGGUGGAAACACAGCUAUGCUAACUUGUAAACAAAUAGCUCAUGUAUUCGGGUAAAGUGUGUUUGUCUAACAGCAGGACUAUACUCUGGUGCAUGGGAAGCAGACGACGUUUGCUGGUUAAAAACGCUUCAAGGUGGCGACAGACAAGGUUGCUGGUAAGCUGAGUUCUACACUCUCAUGGGUGAAGAACUCGGUGUCCCACACGGUCAGUCAGAUGGCUAGCCAGGUGGCCACGCCCACGUCCCUGCAGACCACCGCCACCUCCUCUUCUACGUCUCUGUCCUCGCCCGGCCUCUCCCCGUCCUCACCGGCGCUGCUCAGUCCUGACGAUGUGGAGCUGCUUGCCAAGCUGGAGGAGCAGAACAGGCUGCUGGAGACAGACAGCAAGUCGCUGCGCUCCAUGAAUGGCUCCAGGCGAAACAGCGGCUCCUCCCUGGUGUCCAGCUCCUCUGCCUCCUCCAACCUCUCCCACCUUGAGGAGGACACAUGGAUCAUGUGGGGAAGAAUCGUCAACGAGUGGGAGGAUGUGCGCAAGAAGAAGGAGAAGCAGCUCAAGGAUCUGGUCAGAAAAGGGAUUCCUCACCACUUUCGGGCAAUAGUUUGGCAGCUGUUGUGCAACGCCCAGAAUAUGCCCAUCAAGGAUCAGUACUCCGAACUCCUGAAGAUGACGUCACCCUGCGAAAAGCUGAUUCGCAGGGACAUCGCACGCACUUAUCCUGAACACGAAUUCUUCAAGGAGAAAGACAGCUUGGGCCAGGAAGUGCUUUUCAAUGUCAUGAAGGCAUAUUCUCUGGUUGACCGUGAGGUCGGCUAUUGUCAAGGGAGUGCAUUCAUUGUAGGACUGCUGCUCAUGCAGAUGCCAGAAGAGGAGGCUUUCUGCGUGUUCGUGAAGUUGAUGCAAGACUACAGAUUACGAGAGCUCUUCAAACCCAGCAUGGCUGAGCUGGGACUCUGCAUGUACCAGUUUGAGUUUAUGAUCCAGGAACAACUCCCGGAGCUGCACAUGCAUUUCCAGGCUCAGAGCUUUCACACGUCCAUGUAUGCCUCCUCCUGGUUCCUCACCAUCUUCCUCACCUCCUUCCCUCUUCCUGUCGCCACAAGGAUCUUUGACAUCUUCAUGUGUGAGGGUCUGGAGAUAGUUUUCCGCGUGGGACUGGCCAUCCUUCAGAUGAACCAGACCGAACUCAUCCAGCUCGACAUGGAGGGAAUGUUACAGCAUUUCCAGAGAGUCAUCCCACACCAGCUGGACAGCGGACCGGAUAAGGUCAUCCAGACCGCUUAUCAAGUUAAAUACAAUGCAAAGAAGAUGAAAAAGUUAGAAAAAGAAUACACUACAAUCAAAACUAAAGAGAUGGAGGAGCAGGUGGAGAUAAAGAGGUUGCGGACAGAGAACCGGCUCCUGAAGCAGAGGAUAGACACACUAGAGAAAGAAAGUGCUUCCUUGGCAGAUAGAUUGAUCCAGGGACAAGUGACUCGGGCCCAGGAGGCAGAGGAGCUGUACCUGGUCAAGCGGGAGCUGGCCACAGUCAAACAGCAGAGCGAGGAGGCCAGUGCUCAGCUGGAGCAGGCCCAGACAACCAUCAGGCAGCUCCAGCCGCAUCAGUCGAAAGCGAAGCGAGCCCCUCGGUACUCUGAGGAGUCCGUCCUGCAGCUGGAGAGAGAGCUGGUCCAGGCCCGGCUGAAGGAGGCGGAGUCUCAGUGCGCUCUCAAGGAGAUGCAAGACAAGAUCCUGGAUGUGGAAAAGAGGAACACGUCACUACCAGAUGACACCAAUGUGGCGCGUCUUCAAGAGGAGCUGAUAGGGGUGAAGCUGAGAGAGGCGGAGGCUCUGACCGGCCUGAAAGAGCUGAGGCAGCAAGUCAGAGACCUGGAAGAGCACUGGCAGCGUCACUUGGCACGUACCGCUGGUCGCUGGAAGGACAGCCCCAGGAAGAAUACCUUGAGCGAGCUGCAGGACGAGCUGAUGAGUGUGAGGCUACGUGAGGCCGAGGCCCAGGCAGAGCUGAGGGAGACACGGCAGAGGAUGCUGGAGCUGGAGACACAGAAUCAGAUUCACAGUAACCAGCUGCGACGGGCGGAGCAGGAGAGCCGCUGUCUCCAGGAGUGUGUGCAAACACUGACGGUGCAAAAUAAAGACCUGCACGGGCAACUGCAAGAGAUCAAGCGGAGACAAGCUGAGAUUGAGUGCAAGAGUAAGGAAGAGGUGAUGGCCGUGAGGUUGCGGGAAGCUGACAACAUUGCUGCAAUGGCUGAACUCCAGCAACAGAUCUCAGAGCUUGAGAUUCAGAAAGAAGAAGGAAAGGUCCAAGGCCAGCUGAACCACACAGACUCCAGCCAGUACAUCCACGACCUCAAAGACCAGAUAGCUGAAUUAAAACACGAGAUUUGCUGCUUGAAAGGACAGAGGGGCUUGGCCAAUCAGCCCUCUUUUGAUGGGAUCCACAUCGUCAAUCACUACGCAGGAGAUGAUGGGUCUUACCAGUCUUCAGAUGAAGACGGAGUCAAGGGCCUGAGGCUCCAGGACGCCCAGCAGAGGAGCAGGGGCCGGAUCAGACUGCGCGCCAACCUCGAGGACACCGACAGUGAGGAGGAGGAGGACGAGGAAGACGAGGAAGACGAGGACGAGGAGUCCCUGCGACUCUCUGUACCUCCGAGCGGCAGCCACAAGUCCACCACCGUGUGACGAACACCCGCUGGCCCCAAAGAGUUAGGACUGAAGCUGUCAGCACUCACUGAGGAAGAGGAGGUGUUCCCAGCAGCCAUUUCAGAGGAGAAGCCUGGAUCUGGAGUUCAGAAUUUUUCAGAAAUGAAAUGCAUCAUCAUUUCACAUCAUGAGAAUCACACUUAUGGAUUUAGUUUGUUUUCUUUACCUCCCUUUUUGUUUUCUUCCUGAGGACAGCAAACUUCGGAGCACCGUUGACAGAAGCAGACCAUCAGUGUGGACCUCAGCAGAGACUUCAAUAAUGUGGAGCGUAUCAGACUCUGCUGGGCCACGAUGAGGACGGGGUGGAGGGGUUAACCUCCUCCUGUAGGUACAACACAGAGAAAGAGACUGUGCAAUAAAUCCUAUUACGUUAUAUUACACACUUCAUCCAACGUGUUUUUAUAUUUUUAAGCAUUUUAUAAAUGAACAUCAAACACGUAUUGAUGCCGUUACUACUACGUGUCCAUCAUGCAGAGGCUGAAUUGUAAAAGCGCUGUGUGUGUGUGUGUGUGUGUGUGUAUAUACAUAUCUAUGUUCUUGAUGAGCUCGGUCAGCGGCCGGUAUCAAAGCCGUUUGUGUCAGCCAGCGCUGGUUUGAGGUUAAUGUUGACUUUUUUGGCCUUAGCACAUGCCGCAUAUGCCUUUCACCGGGGCUAGUGUAUCACAAGGUCAAUGUGACAUCUGCAUACAUGUAGAUAUGUAAAUGUGUAUUAUGUUUGUUUGUUUUUUUCAUUUCCUUUUGAACUUGAAACUAUGUAUCUAUUGCAUAUCUAAUGUUUAGAAUAUAUUGUAAAAUGCAAAAAAAAAAAAAAAAAGGGACAUAAGAGUUUAAUGUGGUAACACAAAUGACAAAUCCUGAUGAGGUCAGUUUCUGUUCAGAGAAAAAAAAGAGCUGUUUUUUUCCAUCAUCAGAAGACUGUUUUUCAGAGCGGUUCAUUUCGAGUGCAGCAAAGGGGGCAGGUUCAUGUUACUGUUGUACUGAUUUCUCUGAAAGCAGCAUGAGUUUAUUUUCAAAAUGAGCCCCGCGAUGAGUCGCUCUAGCUGAUGAGUCAAAGAUGAGUCAAAGAUGAGUAAUGUCUAUCAGAAGAUUUGUGUGAUGCAAAAUAUGCACGGGAAUGGAUGGUGGUCCUAGGGAACUUAAACUGGGAGAUAACACAACAUAGCACACUUUAUAACACAAACUGGGGAAGAAUCAGGAGUCAUCAAGUGUUACCAAAGUAAGCACUGUCUUCUGCAUCGUGCUCGUCCACAGACCAGUUCCACUCCAUUUCUUGCAGCGAGGACCCCGGGAUGCGUAAGACUUUGGAAUUCCUCUGAAUGUCUGUAUGGAACACUAACUCCUGUAUUCAGUGGAGGUGAAUGCACCGGACAUGUCACAGAAAAGAUUCUGACUUUUGAGUUGGUGGUGAUAAUGUCCCCUUUAAUGAACGAGUGUUGUUUGACGGGAGAGGAACACGUUAUGGCACUUUUUGAGUCUGCAGUGCAGUAAGGACACACAUGGCAACACUAUGGAGCAGUUGGCACACUCUGGAGACUAAAUGAGAUUGUUGUGAGUGUGUGUAUGUGUGUGAGAGUGUGUGUGUGUGUGUGUGUGUGUGUGUGAGUUCACAAUAAAAACGUUUGG